AUGUCAAAAGGAAUCAGAAUCGCAAUUGAUCGCGGCGGAACCUUCACAGACUGCGUCGGAAAUCCUGGAACUGGAAAACUCGAGGACGAUGUUCUUAUUAAGCUUCUCUCAGUCGAUCCGUCGAACUACGAUGAUGCACCCUUAGAGGGUAUCAGACGGCUUAUGGAGAAGUUUACCGGAAAAUCUAUAAGGCGUGGUGAACCGUUAGAUACUUCGGAAAUUGAAUCAAUAAGAAUGGGGACAACAGUGGCUACAAAUGCUCUCUUGGAGCGUAAGGGAGAGAAGUGCGCGCUUGUAACUACAAAGGGUUUCAAAGACUGUCUCAUCAUUGGAAAUCAAUCCCGUCCUAAGAUUUUCGAUCUUGCAAUCCGCAGACCUGAAGUUCUCUAUCAAAGUGUCCUUGAAGUCUCGGAACGAGUAACUUUAGAAGACUACGCCGAGCACCCAGAUCGCGCCACUACCGACCCUUCCUCAGACCCCGACCUAGUCCGUGGUCUCUCCGGUGAAGCAGUGCGGAUUCUCACUCGACCUAAGGAAUCCGAGAUCCAAAAGGGUCUAAAAACUCUCUAUGAUGAAGGCUUCCGCAGUAUUGCCGUAUGCCUAAUGCACUCGUACACCUUCCCGGACCACGAAAAACUUGUGGGCAAGAUUGCGGAGGAAAUAGGGUUCACUCAUAUAUCAUUAUCCUCGCAAUUGAUGCCAAUGAUCAAAUUGGUCCCCCGCGCUACUAGUGCGACGGCAGAUGCAUACUUGACUCCCGAGAUUCGUCGGUAUAUUGAGGGGUUUUCUAAAGGCUUUAGCGGAGGGCUUGGUUCAGAAAGCGUUGCUAAAGAGGUAGGGUCAAAGGGGGCUAGAUGCGAGUUUAUGCAAUCUGAUGGUGGUCUUGUCGAUGUCUCUUCCUUCUCCGGUCUCCGUGCAAUACUCUCGGGCCCUGCAGGCGGUGUAGUAGGAUAUGCACUCACAUCAUAUGACCCGGAGACCAAAGUACCAGUCAUUGGGUUUGAUAUGGGAGGAACCUCCACAGAUGUAUCGAGGUACGGGUCGGGAAGGUACGAACAUGUUUUCGAAACCACCACUGCAGGAGUCACGAUUCAGAGUCCUCAGUUAGAUAUCAAUACUGUUGCUGCAGGUGGGGGGUCAAGACUGUUCUGGAAGAAUGGGCUAUUUGUGGUUGGGCCAGAGAGUGCGGGUGCGCAUCCAGGGCCAGCCUGUUACAGGAAAGGAGGACCGCUAACAGUAACGGAUGCGAACCUCUUCCUGGGCCGACUACUGCCCGAGUUUUUCCCCGCAAUCUUUGGGAAGAACGAGAACGAAGCUUUGGACGAAGAUGCGUCAAAAAGACUAUUUGAGGAGCUCACAGAGGAGAUAAAUAAGGAAAUAUGUGUCAAAGAAGGGGAUAAACCAAUGACUGCCGAGGAGGUUGCGUAUGGGUUUAUCAAAAUUGCGAACGAAUCAAUGACCCGUCCAAUUCGCUCUUUAACGGAGGCGAAGGGAUAUGAUACUUCCAAGCACAGACUUGCAACCUUUGGCGGAGCUGGAGGACAACAUGCAGUUGCUAUCGCGGCAAGCCUAGGUAUCAAGCAAAUUUUAAUCCAUAAAUACUCAUCCGUUCUUUCUGCAUACGGCAUGGCACUCGCGGAUGUCGUGCACGAAGUACAAGAACCAUGUUCUGCCGUCUUCAACGACAGUGAAAAGACUGGGCUUCUAGAACGUCUCAAGGAGUUGAAGAAUAAAGCAACGAAUGUGUUGAAAGAACAGGGGUUUAAUGAGGGGGAUAUCGUUCACGAGGAAUACCUAAACAUGCGAUAUCGGGGGACCGAGUCAGCGCUGAUGAUAGUUAAGCCCGAGGACGGGGAAUUCGACCAAAAUGCAGACUUCGGGAAUGCGUUUGUGAAGCAGCAUGAACAAGAGUUUGGAUUCACACUUCCUAACAGAGAUGUCAUUGUUGAUGAUGUCCGAGUGCGAGGUAUUGGUAAAAGUUUUAGAGGAAUGGAUAAAACGGUGGAUACACAACUGAAGGAGGCCAAGCUUGUAUCAGUUGAUGAGAGCAAACGGCAUAGUGUGAAGAAUGUCUACUUUGAGGGCGGUCGCCGGGAAACCCCUAUCUACCAGCUAGGAGACUUAGAUGUUGGCUCUAAGCUGAAGGGACCAGCGAUUCUUGCAGAUGGAACGCAGACCAUUGUUGUCACUCCUGGUGCCACGGCACUCGUAAUUCAAACACACGUGGUGAUCAAUAUCGGUGACGACGAUGAUGCCAAUGGUUCUGUACAGAAAACCAACACAAAGGACGUGGACCCAGUUUUACUGAGUAUUUUUGCGCAUCGUUUUAUGGCGAUUGCGGAACAGAUGGGAAGGGCCCUUCAAAAGACCAGCGUCAGUACGAACGUGAAGGAGCGAUUGGACUAUAGCUGUGCACUAUUUGAUUCCGAGGGAGGUUUAGUUGCGAAUGCACCGCAUUUGCCGGUUCAUUUGGGGAGUAUGUCGACCUGUGUGAGGACACAGGCGGCAAUCUGGAAGGGAAAAUUGAAAAGAGGAGAUGUUUUGGUAUCGAACCACCCGGAGUUUGGAGGAACUCAUUUACCUGACAUCACGGUCAUUACACCGGCGUUUGGCGGUGAUAAAAUCAUUUUCUAUGUUGCCUCCCGCGCUCACCAUGCUGAUAUCGGCGGGAUUCUUCCUGGUUCCAUGCCUCCUCAUUCCCGCGAACUCUAUCAAGAGGGUGCUGCCAUCAAGACAGAGAAGUUAGUCUCUCAGGGUCACUUCGAUGAGAAACGUAUCACGGAGCUCCUUCUCACUGAGCCUGCGCAAUACCCCGGAUGCAGUGGCACAAGGUGUCUGGCAGAUAACAUCAACGAUCUUAAAGCACAGGUAGCAGCAAACCAGAAGGGGAUCAACCUCAUCAGCACUCUUAUUGAAGAUUAUGGUGAAGAUGUAGUGCAGUUCUACAUGGUCUCAAUACAGAAGAAUGCUGAACAAAGUGUUCGAAAUUUGUUGAGAAACGUGCAUAAGAGGUUUGAAGGGAAAGAGUUGAGAGCGAAAGAUUACAUGGAUGAUGGAAGUCCAAUUUGCCUCAAGGUUGAGAUUGAUCCCGAAAACGGGGAGGCAGAGUUCGACUUUGAGGGGACAGGUCCGGAGAUGUAUGGAAAUAUGAAUGCCCCAGAAGCCGUGACAUACUCUGCGAUUAUUUAUUGCUUGAGAUGUUUGAUUUCCGAAGACAUCCCUCUGAACCAAGGUUGUUUGAAGCCGAUACAUGUUAAAAUUCCGAAAAACAGCUUCUUAAGCCCGAGUGAUGGUGCGGCAGUUGUUGGUGGAAACGUGUUGACGAGCCAACGUAUCACAGACGUCGUCCUGAAAGCCUUCCAGGCCUGUGCAGCAAGUCAAGGUGACUGCAAUAACCUUACUUUUGGCUAUGGCGGUAGCCAGGAUGGGGGUGAUCAUGUAAAGGGCUUCGGCUACUAUGAGACUAUCGCUGGUGGCAGUGGAGCUGGCCCGAACUGGGAUGGUACCUCCGGAGUCCACACCCACAUGACAAACACCCGUAUCACUGAUGCUGAAGUCUUUGAAAGACGUUACCCUGUACUUCUGCGGGAGUUCUCUAUCCGCAAGGGCUCUGGUGGUAAAGGUGCACACCCAGGUGGUGAUGGUGUUGUCCGUGACAUCGAAUUCAGAACUCCUGUUCAAGUCUCUAUUCUCUCAGAAAGGAGGGUGUACCACCCAUACGGAAUGGCUGGGGGCGAGGACGCGGAAUGCGGCCAGAACCUGUGGAUUAGAAAACUUCCGACUGGGGAAAUUCGGACAAUCAAUCUGGGAGGAAAGAACACCGCUGCAAUGAAAGCGGGAGAGAGGAUCAUCAUCAAUACUCCAGGUGGUGGUGGUUAUGGGAGAGUAGAUGCCGAGAGGGCUGUAACUGAAGAAAAAGAUCCAAAAUUAGCGUGGAGGGGCGGAAGUCUGGCGAGUAGAAUGGCGACGCAGGAGACAAACUGA